UUUACAAAAGUGACUCGACGCUUGUUUUAUUCAAGGUCAAUUCCGAUACACGUAUAGCAUACGAGGUUAGUGAUAAAAUUGCCGUCAGUUCAUUGUCGACCAGCGUGAAGUGACGAAGAUCUGUAAGAAUUAGAAGAAGAAGAAGGCUAGCCUUGUUUUGUAUUUGAUUGUGCAUUUAACUCUGCAAUAUAAACGUACAGUCGCAACAGCCUUUUGCUCGUGAACCAAUAAACGAUUAAGAACGAUAUCUUAAUUAUUGAACAGAUAGACUAGUGACUUGGCGUAGAUAAAUUAAAGAAAUAAGGAAAAUGGAGCGAUGGGCAGGAAAAGUGGCUGUUAUAACUGGAGCAUCGUCUGGAAUUGGUUUGGUGACUGCCCAAGCCUUUGUUCGCAAAGGUUUGAUAGUAGUUGGUCUCGCCCGGAGAAAAACGGCGAUGGAGAAUGGCAUGAAAGGCAUCCAAGGACCAGGAAAGUUUCACGCAAAGGAAUGUGAUUUAUCAUCCGAAGAGAAUAUUGACAGUGUUUUCGAGUGGAUAAAAAAAAAUUUAGGAACCGCUCACAUUUUGAUAAACAAUGCUGGAGUUAUGAAAGAAAGCUCUAUAGCUGAUGCCAGUACUAAAGAAAUGCAAUUCAUUAUUAAUGUCAACGUUGUGGGUGCCCUCAUUUGCGCUAAACGAGCUAUGCAACUGAUGAAAGAGAACGGUGCGGAAGGUCACAUCGUUAAUAUAAACAGCGUUGUAGGUCUGAAUACAACAACGGUACCGGGCAGACACUUUAACGUUUAUUCUCCGACGAAGUACGCUCUCAGAUCAUUGUCGGAAACUCUUGCUCAUGAGCUAAACAAUACUAAAAUUCGUGUAAGCAACAUCAGCCCAGGAGUUGUGAAAACUGAACUUUUAGAAAUGGCAAACAUGGAUACAGCUUUUCUAGACGUGGUUCCAGUGUUAAAGCCAGAAGAUAUCGCUGAUGCAGUAAUGUACGCAGUUGGAGCGCCGCAUCACGUUCGAAUAUGCGAAGUCACGAUCAAACCAACGAAUGAUGCAUUUAGUUAAUUCAAUGUAACAGGAACAUGCGGAUUUUAAUAUAAAAUUGGGGUAUAAUAAUAAUUACUUUGAAUGUCAUUAUCAUAGAUGUAUCUAGUAAUAGUUGGAGAUUAACUUCUCAUUUUUUAUAAAAUUGUGUUACACUAUCAAAAAUCAAUGUCGGCGUCGGACCAUUAGAGUUUUUAUUCGGUAAAUAUAGUUGUUGAGAUAGAUUGAGAUACGUAGAGAUUCAAACAAAGGAUAAUGAUUUUAUAUCAAAA